UAGGAAGGUCGUUGAUUAUUCACAAUUUCAGGAAUCCGAUGAUGCUGAUGAAGAUUAUGGAAGAGAUUCAGGCCCUCCAGCUAAGAAAAUUCGAUCAUCUCCCCGAGAAGCUAAAAAUAAGAGGCGAUCUGGAAAGAAUUCACAGGAAGAUAGUGAGGACUCAGAAGAAAAAGAUGUGAAGACUAAGAAGGAUGAUUCUCAUUCUGCAGAGGACAGUGAAGAUGAAAAAGAAGAUCAUAAAAAUGUGCGCCAGCAACGGCAGGCAGCCUCUAAAGCAGCCUCUAAACAGAGGGAGAUGCUCAUGGAAGAUGUGGGCAGUGAAGAAGAGCAAGAAGAGGAGGACGAGACGCCAUUCCAGGAGAAUUCCGGCAGUGAUGAGGAUUUCCUAGUGGAAGACGAUGAUGAUAGUGACUAUGGCAGUUCAAAAAAGAAAAACAAAAAGAUGGUUAAGAAGUCGAAGCCUGAGAGAAAAGAAAAGAAAAUGCCGAAGCCCAGGCUAAAGGCCACAGUGACGCCAAGUCCUGUGAAAGGCAAGGGGAAAGUGGGUCGCCCCACAGCUUCAAAGGCAUCAAAGGAAAAGACUCCUUCUCCCAAAGAAGAAGAUGAGGAACCAGAAAGCCCUCUGGAGAAGAAAACGUCUUCAAGUCCCCCGCCUGAGAAAUCUGGGGAUGAAGGGUCUGAAGAGGAAGCCCAGUCUGGGGAAGAUUAAAAGUGAUGAUGGUCUGGGGAGAGAUUUUAUUUAAAAAGCAAAAAAAAAAAGAGAAAAAAGGAAAAAAGAAAAAAAAAAAGAGGGAAAAAAAAGAAAAGCUACUUAAGAUAGAAUAUGGUUUUGGCUAUGGCUUGACUCAUGGGCUUUCAAUGCUUUUUUUCCCUUUUGUUGAAAAUAACAUUUUCUUCUUUUCUUCUUUUUUUUUUUUUAAAGAAAAGCAUUGUAUGUUUAAUUUACCUUUUUUGUCUAUUGGUCUCUUCGUCAUGACCCCCUCUUUCCGCCCCCCUCCCCUUUUCCCAAUGAAAGCCAUGUUAAAUUAAUCACUGGAUUGACUGCUUCAUCUUUUUAUUUUCAAUGGAGGGUAUGCCACAGUUGUAAAGCAAUAAGAUUUGAGGUAAACGCUAUGAAAAUUUUGCUUUUUGCUAAAUGGUAGCAAGUUGAACAGUAAUCAAAAAAUGUAGAAGGUCUUAGUUAAACAUUAUUGCUUCUUUCUCUACCUGAAUUUAAAAAAAAAUCAGUUGUCAUCUAAUACAAAUUUAUAUUCUAUAUACAAAAAUAUGGAUGUCUAAAAAAUAAUGAUGUUAAACUUCCACUGAUGGGGCAGGUAGGGGAGAAAGAUGAAUUCUGAACUGCUACUAAGGGUAUUCAUGUUUUUUACUGUGGGGCAAGGCAGGGGAUCGAGGUUUCCUGACCCUGUUUGAGGAUAUAGGUUUGCUUUUUUUUAGUCUCAUCACUUGUUAUCUCUAGGAGACUCGGAGCCAGUGAUCCUUUUAUUCAGCUACAGUCUUUAAAGAACUUAAAAAAAGCAAGGGCCGCCAAAACUUAAAUCUUUCUUGAUUUCCUAUUUCAUUCUCUAACGGUUCAUGUUUUUAAAUAUAUAUAUGUAUCUAUUCUGUUUCUUGGAUAAAAAAUUUUACCAAGGAUCAAAAGAAAAAACCCUAAGAUUAAAAUGGGGAGAUCUAUAUAUCACAGUGGGUUUCUUCUCAAACUGACAAUGUUUAGGUUUUAAGCAAAAUAAAGUGCCAGUUAAUGUGAAACUCAAUGACAAAGACUUGAGAUUUUUGCUUUAUGAAAACAGAGAGUUGAAAUUCUGCACCAUAAAUGUGCACUUAGAGUCCAUGAACCAUGCUCUGCUUUUGUUGAGGGAUAGAGAGUUUUCCUGUCAGACCCGUCCUUCUCAUCUCUUGGUAGAAACAUAUGGAGCGCCUCUCUUGGCUUCCUGCUAGUGCACAGGGCACUAGUGCGUAGCCCGCUUGCAGCGCCCACCACCCUGCUCCAGAGCAUGGUUUCUCCUGGUCCUGUUCUUCACUUCUAAUCCUGUACUUGAUGGGAGCAUGGGACAUGCUGCUCCAACACUGCUCAGUUAGCGUUUGUCUUUAUACCGGUGCCCUUGCUGACCGCAUGUCACUUACAGCCACAGUUACGGGGCUCUGCAGAGCUGGGGAGACCGUGCAUUCGGGAGGCCUGUGUGCAGUGGGUAACAGGCCAGUCACAUGCCUUAUGAAGGUAGUCAGGGGACAGAUCUGUAGGCUCGCUUCCCCACUUUCUGAUACCAUGAGCUAAUGGGAACAAGGUUUAGGAGGGGGUCUUAGUGUGCUAAUUGGCUUCCCAGGUGGCUAAGUGGGUAAAGAAACUGCCUAUUAUGCAGGAGACGCCGGAGAUACGGGUUCAAUUCCUGGGUUGGGAAGAUCCCCUGGAGAAGGGCAUGGCAACCCACUCCAGUAUUUUUGCCUGGAGAAUCCCAUGGACAGAGGAGCCUGGCGGGCUAUGGUCUAUAGGGUCACAAAGAGUUGGACAGGACUGAAGCAACUUAGCACAGGACACAGUGUGCUAAUAAAUUGAAAAAUUAGUGAAAUUUAACAUCUGCCUUUGUAUCUAGAUUUGCUUCCUCAGUAUUUACUAAUGCAGUUUUCUUUCUAUCUACUGUUAUAGCAUGUUUUUCUCUCAAACAACCUGGCUUUCCUACAGAUGUUCAUAGAAAACGGUUAUUUAAGGAAUAUUUUUGAGACACUGUAAGGAAUAUCCUUACUCUGUGAUUUUUUUUUUUUUAAAGAAAGCACCAGUGGCAGAGAGUCAUUUCACUGUUGCACUGUGGGGAUUAAAGAAGGAAUUUGGAGAUUUUAGUACUCAGCCAAAUAUGUAAAACUUGAACAUAAGUAGCAAUUGGACUAUUAUCUUUCAUGAUGGUUGACUUUACAGUUGUGAACUUUGUAAUGAGGUGUUAAAGAUUAUUCUGUUUGCUUUAUUGGUUUGUUCAGGUAUUUUAACAAGAAGGUUUGUGUUCACAUGUUUUUUAAAAACCUAUCAGUGUUUCCACCAUGCACUUCUGUUUUUAGGGGUUUAUAACUUUUAAGUCUUAACAUUCCUAGUAACAUGUGUGCUUUCCUCACGAAGACUAGGGGGAAGGGUCUUUUAAAACUUUAGCCUUAGUAUUUUAUGUAACAGUCUCCUUAGUAUAUUAAUCUGCACUAACGUUUCUGUGAUAUAUGCACAUCCUUUAGGGUAAUCACAUCCUCUAGGUUAUUUGUGUGCAUUUGGUUGGGCUUUUUGUUUGGGAUCCCUUUUUUAAAGGUUAAUUCAUGAGAUUAAAAAAUGUAUAUUUCUAAUAGACUGGACAAAAGGAUCUGUGUCCCAAGAGAGACAGGCUCUGAAUGACCUUUGUUUUCUCCAGUUUUUGCUGAUGAUUUAAAACACUCUGGUCUUCCCCUCAAAUCAUGCAUGCAAAUAGGACAGCUGGGGUGUCUCAACUGGAAACAGGUGCUCAAUGGUCAGGCUGACAGUGAUGUCUGGACAGGUUACGGGCGACAGGCUGCUAGUGCCGCCGUUGGCACCCCCUUGGUUGAACGCCCCCUUUCUCUGGAGUGCCUCUAGGGGGUGCCGGCAGUGCUCACUGUCUUGUUUGCAGCUGCUCAGGAAGUGGGACAUUGACUUUGAAAGUGCUUGUUUGCGUUCUCUCAGUUCUCUGUUAGCGGUUAGGUUUACCUCUGGAACAUGAAUUCGGCAGCUACGCUGACUGACACUACAUUCUAGUUCUUCAGACUCUUUUCUCAGACUUCCCUCCCCAGCGCACACACACACAGAGCUAGGUAGCCUGGACCUUUUAUACCUGUUGUAGCCUGCUGCUGCUCUUCGCCUUUCCCACCUCAGACUGGAAUCAAUGGAGUGGGCUAGAAGGAUCCAUGUUAGUUUUCGUAAGGGUAGCUUUCCCCUAGGUUGUAAAACAUUUCUGCCUCUCAUAUCUCUGCUCCCUACUGAAUCCAGGUAGGAAAAUUAAUGGGUGUUUUCCUCCUUUAGGGAGGUAGUGAGUGGAAAUCUUUGAAUCUUUGAAGAAUAGUAGUUGAUUUCCCAUUAUGGAGCUUUUGAUAACCUUUUUUGUUUUUUCUCAUAACUGGUUUGUUCCAGGUUCAGCCCUCAGUUCAAUACUUAUUCUUCGUACUGGUUCAAACAGCAUUUUCUUACAGGUAACUGAUCAAGAGUGGAAUUUGAGGUUAACAGUCCAGUAAAGUUUUUGACAUUCUUAUAAUAUGAUCAACUAAACUGAACUUGCCACUUUUUCUGAGGCUAGUUUUUUGGGGUUUGUUUGUUAUAUACAUUGAAGUGACAGUGGGCUUUAGAGUCCUUAUUGGGGGAAGGGAAUAGUGUUUGUUUUUCCUUUUCCCUUUCUCUAGGAGAUGCUUUGAGUUUGUCAGAAAACCAGGAGCAGAAAUUAACUCCAGGAGCUACAGGGAAAGCUUUAUAAAAGGUUAUAUGACCAUCGUGGCUUUUAUGAAGAAAGGGAGUUUUGAUUUGAACACUUCUUUCUGUGCCUGCAUCACCAGUAGCUAUGCCUAGAAGAAGCUAUCACCUUAGGAGUUUGGAAAGGCAGAAGCCUGGCCUCCAGUUUUUAUGACAUUCAGAUAGAACAAGCAAUAUUCAUUUGCUGUCAAGGGAUAGCUCGAGGUUAGAGAGUUGUCCUUUUCUCUGUGCAUGGAGCUGGGUUUAUUUGAAAAGGGAGUUAGUUUAUUUGAAUAUUGGGACGUCAAACUACUUAAAGCCAAAUUUCAAUCUGCAACCCAUUUUCCCUUUUUCUUGACAUAAGCUUGAUACAAAAUGAGUUUUCUUGACUCCCAAAUCCCUAAGUUACACUUUUUUCUCAAAGCCUAAUUCAGAAUUCACAGUGGUGCUUUCUGUGUAUUAACCACUAUUGGAAAAAACCCUAUAUACCUGCCCGUGGCCAUGCCAUGGAGUGACUGGGCCGGUGAUAUCUGUAUGGCGUGCUUCGUGUGGCUGGUGGGAUGCCACCAUUGUGCAGACACUUUGUACAUCGGGGUGAAGGGAGGGUUUUCUAGAUUACGGGGGGAGGGUAAAAUUGGGAUUUUUUUCUGUUGUUCCUUUUUUGAUGGGAUAUAGGGGUAUAGUACUCAAUUUAUGCCCUAAAUAACUUGUAUAAAAUCCCUGACAUAUUGUGUGGGUGUGUGUGUGAGUGUGUGUUUGUUAUAUGUCUGGCAAUUAAAUCUUUGUCUUCUGGAAAUUAGCAAAUUCUUUUUUUUUUUCUCCAGAAGUAUUUGUUACAAGAUUUGUAAAUAAGAGCUCUACUUAGUUUGUUUACCAAGAACAUGUUGCAGCAAACCUUUUACACCUAAUUCCCGCAAGGUUGAAGUAACGACUUUUAAGAUUUGCCAGGUUAAGCAGCAGCCAGGUUCUCAGUCAUUUUUGGCCUUGAUUCAUCUUUCAGACUUCAUUUUGCCAGCUCUGAAAUACCCAGUCUUCCUUAAUUGUAGUCCUUAACCUUUUAUGUUCUAGAAGCAGGAAGGGUGAAAAAGAAGAACCUGCUUAAAUGUACUUAAUUGCCCAUGGGCUGAGACCCGGGCAUCCCUAAAGACUGUAAUGUUGCUAGGUACACGUGGUCAGACACCAGAGGGCUGGGCAUCCUUGCAACACCUUAACAGUGCCGAUACCUGCAGCAUGGUACCAAGGAAGUUAAAAGUUUGAAUGUAACCACUUUAUUUAAAAGGUUUUUCUUUUAAUUUAAAUGAAAUGGGGGUUGCAGUGAACAUGAUUUUGUUGACCAUGUCCGUGAAUUCUAGAUGCAACAUGCGUUGGUAGACUUGUGCGAUGGUCUUUUGUGAUCCUUAAUUUUUACAUACCCCAGUCUCUGUAUGUACCUGCAUAAACAAAGAUAAACAAACUCCUGCUCUCUUUUCCUGAAGGGUCUCCAGGACCGCGUGUCUGUUCUGAGCUCUGCUUUCAGUGUGUGUGUCCUCUGCUUGUAUUUUGUAUUAAAAAUAAGGAAAAGAACACUUUAUUGUUGAGCAUGUUGGCAUUGUCCCUUUUAUUUGUUUUCUCUUUUUGGGACAUAUGAAGCAAGUUAUUCUUUUUCUGUAUCUUUUUUUCUUUUGUAAACUUUUUUUUGUUUUGUUUUAAAAUGGCUUUAUAAAAGGGCUUUUGUAACCCA